AUGCAGCGCGAUGUUGCCUUUGGCAGUCGCUAUAACAAUGCUCUUGUCGUCCGCGACCGCACCUCGAGUCGCCUUGAGAUCCAGAGGGUGACCGACUGUCCCACCUGCCAUCGACCACUCAACACGUCGCCCGCCGACCGCCAGUACGACGCCCCACCCGCUCACGACUCUUUCGUUAGCCCCGGAUACUUCCGCCUGUUGCAACCUGGCGGCCAGCACGACAGGCCGCACCACGCCCGCCGCCCAGACGAGCCCGCCCGCCCGGACCGCCCGCCUUCGAGCCCCGUGCGCCGCCUCGUCCACCGGGUCCCCCACGUCGAGACUGCGCCCGACCCCGAGUUCGUUUCGAGCGAGCCCGCCAUCCAGGAGGGCGCCCGCAUCCGCAAGAGCGCCUUCAGCCCAAACUACUUCCGCGACUUCUUUGUCGAAGAGCACGAGCUGGGCAGGGGCGGCAAGGGCGUCGUUCUCCUCGUCCGCCACCAGCUUGAUGGCGUCCAGCUCGGCCACUACGCCUGCAAGCGCGUCCCCGUGGGCGACGACCACGCCUGGCUCGAGAAGGUCCUCGUCGAGGUAGAGCUGCUGGCCUCCCUGACCCAUCCAAAUCUCGUCGCCUACCGCCACGUCUGGCUCGAGGAGGUGAAGCUCAACCGGUUUGGCCCUAGUGUGGCCUGUGCUUUUAUCCUCCAGCAGUACUGCAACGGCGGCGACCUGCUCCGGUACGUCGUGGGCGCGCUGCCCAAGGAGGUCACCAAUGAACAGCUCAAGGAGCGGAUCCGCCGUCGGUCCAAAGGCCAAGCCGAGAGGACCCCGGUGACGUCGCCCACCCACCGCCGCCUCCCCCUGGAGGAGAUCUAUUCGAUAUUCAAGGACAUCACCUCAGGCCUUGUCCACCUGCACGACAACAACUACAUCCACCGGGACCUGAAGCCAAGCAACUGCCUGCUGCACCGCCAGGGCAAGACCAUGAUAUGUCUAAUCAGUGACUUUGGCGAGGUGCAGCAGGAAAGAGCAAUGAGGAGCUCGACGGGGUCCACCGGCACCAUUUCGUACUGUGCUCCCGAAGUGCUCGUCAAGGAUUCGAUGGGGCGUUAUGGAAACUUUACGACCAAAUCGGAUAUCUUCUCGCUUGGAAUGAUCCUGUACUUCCUCUGUUUUGGUCGCCUGCCGUACCACAGUGCCAACACGCUGCAGGAAGAGCUGGAGGACGUCGAGCUUCUUCGAGCCGAGAUUGCAGACUGGAAAGGGUUCCAGGACGAAAGGCGCGAGCGCCCAGAUCUGCCGUCCAAACUGUACAGCCUGCUUAAGAGGCUGCUAUCCAUCAGCCCCAAUGAGCGACCGAGCGCACCCGAGGUUCUGAGCAUCAUGAAGAACGAGUCGGCCUUGGACAGCGUGCCAAGACGCCAGAGGAGCGGCAGCCCCUCGUCGAUCGGUCUCUCGGGGAGGCGGAUUCAGAGCCUCGACUCACCCCACCCCCCUUCGACGCCCGUCAACGCGAGAGAAGACCCUGCGAAGCAGUCCUCGUUUGCCCGUCCACCCCCCACACGUGAGGAGAUUACGGCCACCCCGGCAGCUGUUCCAGCCGAGGCAGACAGCUCGCUCUCGCCGCAGCCGACACCGCUAAACAGCAUCCAGAAACACCCAAACCCAACGCCGUCGACGCCCCGACACCGACCUCCCCCAUUGGUAACGUCGCACGGGCACGAAAGCUUGGAGCGUCGGUCGCCGUCUCCCAGCGGCCGCGGCAGGACAUCUCCCGCGCCCCCCGGGCCCAUUCCGCUGCUCAUGCCACCUCCCACCACGCCGCUAGAACAUGCAAGACACCAAGUGGUGGUGGCGCAUCACAACCUAUCCCUAUUUCUCGCGCGAAACGCCGCCCCGGUUGUCUCGUCGGCCCGCCUGGCUCUGUUUGUCAUCAAGAUAGCGUCCUUGACACGGCCGUGCUGGCCAUAUGUCGUCAACCCCGGAAUCGGGGCAUUCCUGGUAGUUGUAGCUGGGAUGGACCUCGCCAUCCCUGCUACCGUCAGCGAGACCGGGCCGUACCCGAGGAGGCUGCUCACCAGGGCGGGUUUGCCCAGUAGGCCAGACACCCGCCGGGUAGCAUCGCUGUGGCGCUGGGACUGGCGGGUCAGCCUCAUCCUGCUGGUUCUGCACUUUUUUGUCCUGUGGGCUGCAUUUAGCCAUGACAGGUUGUGUACCGCCCUCCAAACGCCGGCGGGUUGGCCAAGCGAAAUCUGA